ACUUCCAUGAAACUUUUGCCUUUUUCUCCUGCUCAAUAUUUCCCCAUAAGAACUUAGAACACAGCUGCUCUACCUCCCUUAUGACUUUCUUAGGUAGCUGAAUUACACUCAUCCAGAAGUGAGUCGGGCUUGCUAACACAGCAGUGACUAGCUGGAAUUUCCCAGCAUAGGUGAGUGUGAGAGGUUGCCAGCCCUGUAUUCUUUGUGUAAACAAGUGUGUUGCAGAUAUUAUGAGGGGAAAAAAAAAAAAAAAAAAAAAAAAAACAUGUGUGUGGCAGGUGUUCUUUUUACUGCCAUCUGCAUUCUCUCCCUUAAGUCUUUGCUUGGCCAAUUAUGAUCCUGAUCGGGUGAGGAAACUGAAUUCUCUAUGCACAUAUUUUUGUCUCAGAUCAAUCUUGUAUUUCUCUCCGUUGUUUGCUUGGAAACAGCUGGUGGAAUUCCAGGACUGUUGUUAACUUUAACUGGCAUUGGAGAUAAGUGAAUGGUGGUAAGCAUUGGUUCUGACACAAGCAAAUCAAUGGACCCUUUUGUGCUCGUUGAGACGGCGAAGAUGAAGUCAUCAAAAUAUCGGCGCAUCUUACUCCGAAGGAGAUGUUUUUCAGAAAGAUCUGAAGUAAACCUGAGUGGUAUGUUGGUGAUACAUAUACUUCAGCUAACUGCCCAAAAUUAUGAGCAAGUUUGACCCUGGAAAGACCAAGUCCCUCGGUUUGAGACCCGGGCCCAUCUAUAGCGAAUCUGGGAAAUCUGUGAUGUCAGACCGCAACAACAUCAUGUUUCACCGGAAAGAUGUGAUGGGUCCUCAUGUUCCAGGUCGCAUUAUGUUCCUUUUGACUGCCAAGCAGAGGCUCAUGUAGAUGAUCUGUUAUAAAUGGCACCUCCUGAUGGUUACUGCUCUGGUGAUUCACCAGAGGAUGAUCAUACAGUAAAUUAUAUCGUCCAUUUAAACCCGUCAUCUGUCAAUGCAAUCCCAAUUAUGGGAAGUGCAUAGGGAAAUUCAGUUCAGCACAACAUGUUGCAGCUGGGCACCAAACGUGAGUGCAAUUUGUUGAAUGUUGUCUGAUGGAUGGACUGGAUCGGCAUGUGCUUCAUUUUUUGCUCCCCUGUAACUGUUUUUUGUUUUGUUCUGUUAACAGGCUAAAUGUGGAAAUUCCUCUUAUGAAAUCCAGAGAGUUGCAGCGCACGACUUAAUUACUUGUGCUCCAGUUGUUUCCAGCCCCGGGAUUCUGGUCACUGCAGCACAUAAAUAACAGAACGUUAGACUCUUCGAGCGAGGUUGGUCUAACUGGAUUGCAGUCUGCACUUCUAGAUUCUUGAUAGCAAUAUUUUAUGGACCCUUCUAUUUCUGGGUUUUCGCAGGAUGUUCCAACCAUGGCCAACUAUACCAUAUAUCUAACGAAAAUCUGCCUAAGGCAGGAUCUUUAGAAACUUGGGGGACUUGCUCGGAAGUAAACUUGCUCCUUUUUCUCAUUCUAGUAGCUUUUCUUUUCGCAGUUGUUAACUUCGAUGUUCACGACUUGGAGAUCUUCCCACCAAAAAACAUGUCAGGGUUCAACCCUGUCGUCUUCCAGACCACACCAACUAAACAUUUUCAACGGGCCCUCUCCCUUUUUAUCCCAAGGUAAACGACGCGGCCGUCUAUUUUGUUCCUUCUUAUUUUUAUUGGCUGGGAUUCCUUCAGGAUGCUUUUGUCCGUUUAAAACUUGUUUUGCUCCUCCCCUGCUGCUAACUUGUUAUUUGGAUUCCAACCAAACUCCUUUGACGACUAUUCGGUUGCGUCCUUGUUUUUAGCGGUUUCUUAGAACUUGUUGUUUUCUUCUGAAUAACGACAACUGUUUUGCUUUGUGAGACACUACAAGCAAAUCAGAAAUCAGACAUCAAUCCAUCAUUAUCAGCUCUUGGACGGAAUGAUCCCAAGAGCACAAAAGUACUGCAUAAUCCCAGGGAAUAUAGGAAAAAAGAAAGGAACAGGUUCUUGAAUACAACUACAACUUCUUGUCCUGUUCCCAAAAUUAGGCGGGUGGAUGGUUAUUUUCACGCAUCAGUACUAGGCGGGCACGCCAGUUUAAUGAUGUCGAUGAUUUCUAGGAGCUAGCGUUGUUUGGCUAUGGAUGCGCCCCCCAUAUAAAAGCAGCUAACAUGGUAUUUAACUGUUCUCAGGAAACCACACCAAAAAUCCCAAAACAAGGCAGUAGUAGAAAGCAAGGGGAGGGCCGAGGGAAGCCAUGGCAUGCAGCUCAGUGGCGGCAUCUCCGGCAGGUACAGCUUCUACAACGCAGCACUUGUUGAAAGAGCACUACAAUGGGCUCUGGCGUUCGGAUUCAGGCAAAGACUUGAGUAGGUGUCAACAAGCUAACAUCCGGAGGUCGUAUUCUGACGAUCACCUAUUAUUAUGCAAAUCCGUGAACUGCAAUAUACGCGCCUGCUCAUCAGUGCAGCCUAAAUUGAAGAGCAGCCGUUCGUUUGGAUUCCCGUUAUUCCAAAUGUCGGGCAAUUCUUCCUUCAUCCCAGACCCAGUUAAGUCCCUUCUACUGUUUGACCCAUUGUCGACGGCGAGGGAAGAGGAUCAUCGUGAUCAGGAGGAGGUGGCAAGCACUAGUGAAGUCGAGAGGUCUGAACAAGAGAGCAGGGAGAUGAUAAGUAACGACAACAUCGACGAGGGGGUUAAGAGAGCGAAUUGGGUGGAGAGGCUCUUAGAAAUCAGAAGCCAUUGGAGGAAGAAUAUUAGACAACAGAAGAAAGAUGACCAUAACAUGGUCAUGGACUCUUCUUCUGAUGAUGAUCAUCAUCAUGUCGAUAAAACUGGUUGUGACUAUGAUUGUUAUAAUGGUGAUGAUGAAAAUUCUGGUUGUAUGGUUGAUUACAAUAGCUCAGAAGAAGAAGAGAAUGAGUACAAUGAGAGGGAGACCUUCUCCAGACUCUUGACGCGUGUUCCUUGGUCUGAUACUAAGCUGUUCUCCAAAUUGGCUUUCUUGUGCAACAUGGCUUAUGUUAUACCUGACAUUAAGGCCAAUGAUCUGAAACGACAUUAUGGGCUCCAGUUUGUGACAUCAUCUUUAGAAAAGAAAGCUGAGGUGGCUGCAAUGAAAGCGAAGCUUGAUGACGGAGAUUCUACUUAUGUUUUACCUGCAAUUUCUGAGCAACCUAGUGGGAGCCAAGAAGAGCACAAGUGUCGUCCUGAAGUUGCUUACGAGAUUGCGGUUUCUGCAGCUUCUUAUGUUCAAUCACGGGCGAAGGAAAUUCACUCAGAUCAGAGCUCUUCUUAUUCAGACCAACCUCAUCCAUUAAACAAAAAAUCACCGUCGGAGGUGGCAGCAUAUGUUGCUGCAUCAACUAUGACAGCAGUUGUUGCAGCAGGAGAGAAGGACAAACAGGAGACCGCAAAUAACCUCCAGUCCCUCCAGUCAUCCCCUUGUGAAUGGUUCAUUUGUGACGAUUCCAGUACUUAUACUCGUUCUUUCGUAAUUCAAGGUUCAGACUCCUUUGCUUCUUGGCAGGCAAACCUCUUCUUCGAACCUGCCAAGUUUGAGGGAACUGAUGUGCUGGUUCACAGAGGGAUUUAUGAAGCAGCCAAGGGAAUAUAUGACCAAUUUAUGCCAGAGAUUAUGAGUCAUUUGGAGAGCUAUGGAGAUCGUGCAAAGCUGCAGUUUACAGGUCACUCACUAGGGGGUAGCCUAUCGCUUCUGAUCCACUUGAUGCUGCUGACGAGGAAGGUAGUUACGAAUCCAUCUAUCCUCCGACCAGUGGUCACUUUCGGCUCCCCUUUCGUGUUUUGUGGGGGUAAGAAGGUGCUCAGCAACUUGGGAUUGGAUGAAUCGCACAUUCACUCUGUUAUCAUGCACAGGGACAUCGUCCCAAGAGCUUUCUCCUGCAACUAUCCCGACCAUGUGGCACUACUCCUCAAGCGUUUGAAUGGAACCUUCAGAUCCCACCCUUGCCUUAAUAAGCAGAAGAUGCUGUACUCGCCUCUCGGGAAGCUGUUCAUCCUCCAGCCUGAAGAGGAAUCAUCCCCUGCACAUCCUUUAAUGCCGUCGGGAAGUGGCUUCUAUACUUUAGAUGAUCCGAAGCUUGGGAACUACUCCGAUGGCAACGACUCCAAGUCCUCCAAGGGUAGUGCCCUCAAGGCAUUUCUGAACCGCCCUCACCCACUGGAAACUCUGAGUAACCCUACAGCCUAUGGUUCCGAAGGCACAAUCCUGCGAGACCAUGACUCGGGUAACUACCUCAAGGCAUUGCAUGGCCUCGUGAGGCAAAAAACGAAAGCAACGACCAUGAAAGCAAUGAAGCAACUGAAUAAUAACGUCUUGUGGCCGCUACUAAAGGCACCCUCUCCUCAUUCUUGGGAUGAUCAGUAUUGUAACAUUACUGGAAGUAACGAUGUGGAGAACAAGUUGGUGUUGGUGAAUAAGGAAGUAAUGACGGGAGCCUGAGUUCAAUUUUUUUUUUUUCUUUCUUCUUUCUAGGUUCCACUUAUUAGUCAUUCAAUCUCCUCUUCAUCAUUUGCUCUAUUAUUUCAGAUAUCCUCCAUAUGUAGAUCUUUUGUGAAUUGUGAUACACACGCAACGAGCUUGUUUGUCAAUAAUGUGAUACGUAUAUUGAUUCAAAUACAUUUAUAUUCCAUCACUUAAUGGAGCUAAGUUGAAGUUAGGGAAGAUAGCCCCUCAAGUUUGAGUUUUCUCAUUUAGAAUUUUGGCACCGUCACAUAUUUUCAUUCUUUUAAAAUAUAAAAAUUGGGUUCACUGUCUUUCCAAAUUGCAAGUUGCUUCUGGGUUCUUGUACUUUCCAUCGCCAUUCUGUUGUGCACAUUGCCCCAAAAGUCCCAAUGACAAAGCCACCUCUUGAUUAUUGUGGUACCUCCUCCCGUUGAUCCGUUGACAUUCAACUUUCUACAGAAUACCUGACUUCCUAUUUGUUAGACACUGUCAGCAGAGAUUGUUGUCUAACAUAUGAAGAAGAAGGUUGAAUCCAAAUAGAGGAAGGAUUGCAGAGUUGAAGAAUGAAGGCGUUUCAGAAAU